AUGCUUGAGCACAGCAGUACACAGGACUGUCGGGGUCCUACACAGGAUGCUGCUCCGGACGCUAUUCCGAGGAGUGGUCCGGCCGAGUCGUGCAGUGCAUCGGCUGAUGCAGGAGCCCACCUAGAAAAGUCCGGAACACCCGCCAGUCGGGACCAGCACACUCCACCUCAACCUGAACAGCCUGAGGGAGGCAGCGUGGGCAGUGAAAAAUGCGUUUCUGCGAGGCUUCUGUUUCCCGCGGAGCCGCCUGGCUCUGGGGCGAAGCGCGAGAAAGGCCCGCAACGCAAGAAGAUUGUAUCGGGAGGACAACUUGUGAACAAAGGCUUUCUCAAGCACACAUGGAUGCAGCGGAUGCGUACAGAAAGGCCUUCUUGUCUCAUUCUCUGUUUCGACUGGAGAAGAGUGUACGACAUUCGAUCUGUUUGCUGCGGCUGUUGCCAAAACUCCGCCUCGCCCCUCCCAGACAUCUCCGCCCGUCAGCAGUGCUCUGCACAGUCCAGUGCAUGCUGCACUCGAGAUGGCUGUAGGCAGCGUCUGGAGGAGCCGCCCGACUCUGCUGCAGCGCAGCAGCAGUUUGCUGCAGCUUCCACACACCCGCAGGCUGAAGAUCCUCGGCCGGGGCUGUCCACGAGCUCGGGCUCGGAGUCUCCGGCCUCGGUCUCGGCUGCUGCAGCAGCCCGAACGCCGGGGGGCGUGGCGGAGUCUCGAGCUGGUAUUUUCGCGCGAGGCAGCGCAGUGGCCUCUGCCGAAGCAGAGGCCAUGGCCAUCAUUGAGUUCUUCAGAGACAGGCUCCAGAGACGCAUUGUCGUCCCGAAGAUGAUUGUCUUCGUCAUUCUGCCCGGCGGCAUGGAAGACCCCCAGUCUGCCGUUGGCUUUCUCAAGAGGCUCAACCCAGCAGAUAUAGCGGCGAUCUUCAUAACUUGCGGCGUCGACGACUUGAAGUCAAAGCUGGAGAAACUCGAACAGGUUUCCUUUGAAUGUAGCGUGGAAUACUACGAAAACGAAGCGCGACGUUACCGAAAGCAGACACAAGUGACAUUUAAGGGAGACCGUUCUCAAACCAGUGCAUUCCAUGUGUACCAGACCAGAUGCUUAAUAAAGGCCGGGUACAUGCUCGAAUUUGCACAGCAGCCCCACGCCGCAAUGAAAAGCUACAUAACUGCUUGGCAGUUCCUGACAAGCUACACGCAGAUGGCCCCUGCACUGGAACGGAUGACAGUGUGCAAUUUGAUUAGCGUGCGCAUGUACCCGAUGUACUUCAAAGCGAAAGAGCCAGCCAAGGCAGCUCACCACGCGCGCGAGCACCGCGCAGUUCUUCGAGAAAAUAUCCCGGAGUCUCCCUUACAGGGCUAUUUGCUGCCCCUUUGGUUGGCGCAACUGCACCAGCUGCUUGCCCAGCUGUGCGAAGAGGCCAUGCACUUGAGCCCUUCAUCUCUUGACACGCGCGACGUGUGGCAGCUUGCUGGCUUCCACUAUCAAGCCGCUGCUCGAUACCUUCAGCACGUCAGAGCCUGGAUCAGGACUGCAAAGGAGCAUGGAGCAGCUGCCUUCGCAACGUCAGGCUCCCAAAAUCCCGAAGCAGCUGCAGCCGCUGCACAGAAAGAAGUGUUCCUUCGAUUUAUAUUCUUUUUCAACGAGGCUCAAGUGCUAACGCAUGCAACGCACUUGCUGUCUAAAGCUCAUAUCGCCUACAAACUUGUUGGAGGCUACCGCAGCUGUCCGAUCUUGGCUUGUGAGCUCGCCGACGCCAUGUUUGACGGCCAUCGGAUGAUGACGGCGCGCCAGCUGUACUUCACUCUAGCCACGGCUUUUGCGUCGCACACUUACGGCCACCAGACAUCGUGGCAGCUCGAAUCCAAGCCAGCGGAGUGCACCACUGCGGAGUCCGGCACGCCGCAGCAAAGUGUCGAUAUUUCGUGUCAUGAGAGCGCCGAGGAUCAAAGCGCUGCCUCCUUGCAAGCGGCGACGGAUGGAGAAACAGCCGAUCCUGAAGUUCCUUCAGCUGCUCAUGCAACUCCGCCUACGGAGCAGCCAAGGAGCUUAAGUCAGCCAGUGGCAAACGAGCCACAAAUUUCUGUUGGAAGCAGCAUGCGCUUUUCUGGGGCGGUUAGGAGCACAGGCUGGUGGCCGUUAUAUCGAUACGUUUUGGCGCGGCUCACUCUGUGCACGUCCCACUUGCUAUCUAUCCCCUCUGCGGAGUUCUUGUAUGAAAUAGCUCGAGUCGACUUGCGAUCGAGCUCGGCUGUUGGUGAUCAAGGCCUGUGUCGUCCAGCUGGUGGAGAUGCUCAGCUCCCUUCUGCGGCAGCUUCGACACCUGGCUCACACGUCGUGUCUACGGUGGCAACUGCUGUAGGAGCCCAGGCAGAUGCUGAGAGCUGCCAUAUUGCACUUAAGGCCUCAUUUGAGAUACUUAACCUUCUUGCGUUGAGAGAAGACACUGAGGAUUUUGACGGCUUGAAACGAAAGCAAAUGCACCAAUUUGUGGAAAAGCUGCUGCCUUUGCUAAGACGCUUUGAGCAACGCUCGGGCGACAGCCAGUGGCUGUUUCAUGUAGACCUGCAUGCAGUGGUGGUGUGGACCGACCUGUGCGCUGAGCUGCAUCGUGAACAUAUUAUUUCAGGAAGUGGACUACUUGUGAAACGCCACUUCUUUCUUCCCAGCGCGCACCCUGACAGGGAUUCGACCUGGGAGGGCGUGGUCAUUGGCAGAGUGUGCUUUCAGCACCGCCUCGGAUUUGAUAUCUCAGUGUCAAAUUGGGCCAAUCUUGUAACCAGCACGGGGAAGAAGGCACGGUGCUACUUAGAAAUUUUAAAUUGCUCGCCGAAACUCGUGGGAGAGCAGGCUGGAUCAACUUCUCCUACAGAGCCUGCGUCCCUCACAUUGCCUCAUGAAGCGCUGUGCUACUGUAAUAUGUAUCUAGCACCGCCAGAGUUAAAGGAUCUUAGCGGCGCAACAGUGCGCCGCCUGCAGGUUUCAUGGGCAUUGUGCCCUUCAGUUUGCUUCCAGCUAGCUACUUUGUGCUCCGUGGAGGGGGAGUUGUCUAGACUACCUGGCGGAGUGGUGGCUCCAACUAGCCCUCUCAAGACUGAAGCGGUGCCUAACGGCUGCUGGCCCUCCCCAAUUAGGCGGGCUAUUCGCUUCCACAAGCUGUGCAUACCUCCGCCUCCACUUUGUGAUGUUGAGCGCCCCGGCUUAGCUGAGCCUUUCCUGCCAUCGCUUUGCCUAUCGAAGGAUUCUUUUGAGCUUAGUACAGUUGGCGACCCUCAGUCGAAGUACAUUUGGAUCGGCGAGCUUGCACCCUAUACAGUUCGGCUAACCGUAAAGCAAGACUGGGAGCUCUGCAAAUUCAGCAUCGGCGUACAGUGUACGGCGCAGGAGUCUGGGAGUGUGAAUGAUCGCACCGUUGACACAUCUGUGCUUCUGGAAGAUGAAUUCGAGUCUUUUUUGAUAGAUUCGAGCUUGCUUCAAGGGCUAGGUGAUCGUGAAUCUGCAAAUGCUGCUGGCGGGGAACAAGAACAAACGAAUGGUACCUGCGCGGAUUUGCCAAACUGCACCAAGCUCCUGCGGCUCCCCACUAAUGGAUCUCCGUGCAUGCCAUUCACACUAACGAGGGAUGACCAAGCAUUUGGGCGCAACUCAGGACAGAAUCGGGGGACUGUAGGCAGGGAACGGGCAGCCUCUCUAUUGGUAUUCGAUCCGCGCAAAUACAGCUGCAAGUUUACUGCUGAGGACUUGAAGAUCCUUGUUGGCGAGACGACACAGGAAGAUGUUUCUGGCGGAGUGCCUGAUGUUUUGGAGACGGCCAAAGUUGUCUGUAUACCCAUGUUCCUUCGUUUGCGUCGCGCGGGGACAUUUGAAGUUCGCGUAACAGUAGAUGUGAACCUUGAUGACAUUGUUCAGAGGCUGACGACGUCCAGCUCUGUGGAGUGUCAGCGCUGCUUCGACUUAACAUCCAGCCCGAUCUAUCUUCCUCCACUAGGCACUGAUGGUUCUCGCGAGGCCUACCGUGUAAAUGUCACGAACGUUUCAUGCACUGCUCUCCAGCUCAGGGACAUUAAGUUCUCGAGUCUCGAAGUUCCAUGCGCCCCGUCAGAUGCACCAGGGAACUCGUUAGGGCAACAACUGAUUACUCCGGAACUGCCUUGCACUCUUCUGCCGGGCGAGUCAUGGUCAGGGAUUUCAAGGAUGAAAGAUUCGGCGCAACGGCAAGCAGCAAGCCUACCACCAAUACUUAAGCCGCUGUCACUGCAGUGCCUCCAGAUUAACGUGGCUCACCCAAUCACGUCGGCUGUGGGUGUGCCGUUCAUGUUUUCGGCAACUUUUGAAAACAUAACUCGAGAGGCAAUGGAGCUGCUUGUAAGCUUGUCUUAUCCUCAUGAAGACGGUCCGAACGGAAUGGAUUCAGCCGACCCUUUUUCAGUGCCAUUCUCGCCUACAUGCCCAUUCAUGGUCGGCGGACAAAUCAAGACGCAAGUUAUCAUUCUUCCUCUUAGCAAGAAGACGCUUCACUGGACUCUGGUCCCAUCAAGGCCAGGAUCGUAUAGGCUACCGACAGUACGCGUUGAGGGGAAGGCGAAGAACCCAGGACUACCGAAGGGGACAGUGCCCCCCACUGCAGCAUGCGAUGCUAGCGAGACCAAUUGGGAAUGCGCCUCCAACCCAGCUCACGUUCUUGUCUUCUCGAAGUAG